ACUUCGGGCUCCUGCAAUAGUGGAAGACUUGAGUCUCAUCUUGGAAGAGUUGAGCGUUUGCAGAGGCUGUCGGACGGAAAAAGACUUUCCUCUCUCACUGACAGCCUCCACCAUGAUUCACAGCCUUUUCUUGAUCAACUCCUCUGGAGAUAUUUUCCUGGAGAAACACUGGAAGAGUGUGGUCAGUCGUUCUGUUUGCGAUUACUUUUUCGAGGCACAAGAGCGAGCAACUGAGGCUGAAAAUGUUCCUCCAGUUAUCUCCACCCCUCACCACUAUCUCCUAAGUGUUUACCGUCACAAGAUCUUUUUUGUGGCUGUGAUCCAGACGGAGGUGCCACCUCUGUUUGUCAUUGAGUUCCUUCACCGAGUAGUGGACACAUUUCAGGAUUAUUUUGGAGUCUGUUCAGAGCCUGUGAUAAAAGACAAUGUGGUUGUGGUUUAUGAGGUAUUGGAAGAGAUGCUUGACAACGGGUUUCCAUUGGCUACCGAGUCGAACAUCCUCAAAGAACUGAUAAAGCCGCCCACUAUCCUUCGAACCGUUGUCAACACCAUCACAGGAAGCACCAAUGUGGGUGACCAGCUUCCCACUGGGCAGCUGUCCGUGGUGCCUUGGCGACGGACUGGGGUGAAAUACACCAACAAUGAGGCCUAUUUUGAUGUGAUUGAAGAGAUUGAUGCCAUCAUUGAUAAAUCAGGGUCCACAGUCACUGCUGAGAUCCAGGGCGUUAUUGAUGCCUGCGUCAAGCUGACCGGAAUGCCCGACCUUACGCUUUCCUUCAUGAAUCCCAGGCUGCUGGAUGAUGUCAGCUUCCACCCCUGCGUCCGCUUCAAGCGCUGGGAGUCCGAGCGCAUCCUCUCCUUCAUCCCUCCCGACGGCAACUUCCGCCUGCUCUCGUACCAUGUCAGUGCACAGAACCUGGUGGCGAUUCCAGUUUAUGUCAAACAUAACAUCAGCUUCCGGGACAGUAGUUCUCUUGGCCGCUUUGAAAUAACGGUGGGCCCUAAGCAGACUAUGGGGAAGAGCAUCGAGGGGGUGACGGUCAGCAGCCAGAUGCCCAGAGGCGUCCUGAGCAUGAACCUCAUGCCGUCUCAGGGCACGCACACGUUUGACCCGGUCACCAAGAUGCUGUCUUGGGAUGUAGGAAAAAUAAAUCCCCAAAAGCUCCCCAGUUUGAAGGGGACCAUGAGUCUUCAGGCUGGAGCUUCCAAACCCGAUGAGAACCCCACGAUUAACCUGCAGUUUAAGAUCCAGCAGCUGGCCAUUUCUGGACUCAAAGUGAAUCGUCUGGAUAUGUAUGGAGAGAAGUACAAACCCUUUAAGGGCAUAAAAUACAUGACCAAAGCUGGCAAGUUCCAAGUUCGAACCUGAAGGGAGAGUUCUGCAAAGGGAACAGUCGUGAACACUUUUUCAUUGCUUACUUGUCUAAAAGUAAAAACUGUCAGCCCUCUCCUAGCUCACUGCCCACUCUGGACCACCUGCUAGUGUUUUCCCAUAGCUACAGUGCCCCGGAGCUAACGAAGGGAGGCUGGGCCGCCAGGGAGGCCUGCGCAGAACCCACACACCAGCAGCACCAAGUCAGUUCUCAAAGCAGAGGCGUGCGAUGCAGGGGGAGGUACUUGAUGCCGUAUGUAACUACUUGUGACAUGGUUACCACAGGAAAAGACCAGCGUUUGUUACUCGCUUGGCUUUAAUUAUCUGAAGCUAAGGAAAGA